AAGUUGGUUGACGUCCUCAAAUAAACGCUACAGGAGAAGACGAUCCUCGUUUCUUUUCAGUAAACCAACAGAUCGCUUUUUCGUCUGAAAUAAUGCCGAAAUCCAAGGAAGUUCUGUCUUCAUCAUCAGGCAGUGGCUCUGACAGUGAAGUGGAAACCAAGGCAAAGAAGAAGAAGUCCAGUCCACCAGAGAAACCAGCCAAGAAACCAAAGAGUGGAGAGACGUCCAAGCCAAGCGGCUCGUCCAAAGGCGGCAGUAACAGCGACAACAUGUUCCAGAUUGGGAAGACGAGAUAUGUCAGCGUGAGGGACUUCAAAGGCAAAGUCCUGAUUGACAUCAGAGAGUACUGGAUGAAUGAAGAUGGAGAGAUGAAGCCAGGGAAAAAAGGUAUUUCCCUGAAUCCUGAACAGUGGAACCAACUGAAGGACCAGAUUUCUGAAAUUGACGACGCUAUAAAGAGAUUAUAAGUGUUGUUUUGUUAUUUGUUAAAGCAGUUUACUGAUGGAGCUGUUGAUCUGUAGUAGAGCUACACUAUGCUGUUUGGACUGUUCUAGUUAAGAAUUUUUGUGGUGUGGGUGAACAUGGGGACUUUUUUUGUAUUGCGUAAUAAAGUCACCAGCUUA